AUGGCAUCAAAGAUACAAAAUGAACUCCUCUGCCUUCGAUGUUCUUUUCUUCAAGAGAUGUGGUGGGUCCUGUGGGUGCUCGCCAUCCUGCUGGCUCUGUUCUGCAGCCUGGACGUCUGGUACUUCCUGCGGGUGGUGGUGGUGGUGCUGCGAGCCUGGUUUCAGCCUCCAGUCUGGGACGUGACGGCAGAGCAGGUCCUAACAGGCCGGGUCACCCCCCAUGACAUCGACAUGUGCCACAUGAACAAUGCCCGCUACCUCCGGGAGUGUGACUUUGCCCGCUUCUCCCUGUACACGCGCAACGGCGUGUUCAAAGCAGUACGGGCCCUCGGAGCGUCGAUGGUCGUGGGGGCCACCACCAUCCGGUACCGCAGGGCUCUGUGUAUAGGGGAGAGUUACGAGCUGCGCAGCAGGAUCGUCACUUGGGACGACAAAGCCUUUUUCCUGGAGCAGAGGUUCGUGUCGGCAAAGGACGGCUUGGUGUGUGCCGUCAUGUACUGCAAGCAGAGUGUGAUACGCGGCAGUCCAGACAAGAUCAUGCAGCACCUGUGCAAAAGGAAGGUGGAGUGCCCCGAGUUCCCGGAGGAUCUUCAGCACUGGGUCAGCUUCAUCUCUGCCAGCAGCCAAGCCCUCAGAUCUGAGAGUGGUCUGGAGGAAAAGAACAAAUAGAAUCAUGGGCAGCUCUGAGGACUGGCUUUUUGUUAGCCAGUCAGUUUACCAGCCCAUGAUUCACAGUCUACUAAGAGAAAUAUUUGAUUUCUCACAAUCGAUACUUGACUAAUACACUGUUGUGCCUAUGCUUUACAUUUAAGGUACGCCUCUUAAAAACCGACUUCGCAUGAACUCUAUUAUAUACGGAUACAUAGGGGUGUACUUACAGAGACAAACACUAAGAAGAGUGUAAAUGAUCAAUUUCAGGGCAUUUGAAUGCUAAUAAAUGAUGAUUACUUAUUCACUAAUUGAAACUUUCUUGUAUGACUAUGAAUUCUUUGAUUUAACAGCUGCAAUAAAACAAAUGAAUUA